AUGAAUUCUUUAGCAACUCUUUCAGCAGAUGCAGCAGCUCAAUUUAAGAAAUUUAAGAUUAAAAGAAAUCCAGAAAAUUGUGCAUUAAUUCUUAAAAUUAAUAGAAGUAAUAAUUCAAUUGAUGUUGAAGAAGAACUUGAUAACACUCCUCUUCUUGAUCUCCAAGACUAUCUCCCAACAACUGAACCACGAUUCAUCGUUUAUAGCUACAAGUUUGAAACUCGUGAUGGAAGAAUUACAUAUCCAUUAGUUUUAAUUUAUUCAUCACCAACAGGAAUAAAUCCACAAUUUUCAAUGAUUUAUACCUCAUGCCUUGCAUCUCUCCAAUCUAGUUUACCAGGUGUUCAAAGAAAUUAUACGGUUAAAGAUGUUGAAGACCUUACUGAUGAAUGGAUGAUUGAAAACUUAAAAAAGGCUUAA